AUGUGCCCCAGCGUCGAGGCAGCAUGGAGCGUCUACGAGUUCCACACCGGACAUCCCAUCUCGGUCAUGUGGGACAAUUUCAGUAACGAUAGCUGUCUUCCCAACCCCUCUUAUCCGUGCAGUCCUGCAGGAUAUCCUCCGUACGUUGUCAACGCUACCACCGCCGAACACGUGAAGCUAGGCAUUGACUUUGGGCACGACUACCUUGGACGGUCCAUUGCCCCUGGUGCUCUGUCAAUCUGGACCCAUAACAUAAGAGACAUCACUUACCAUAAAGACGAGUUCAUGCCAGACGGCUGCGACGUUAGUAUAUCUGGUAGCGCCCUCACAGCUGGCGGUGGUGUUCAGGUCUAUGAUGCGUACCUUGCUGCCGCCAAGUAUAACCACACCAUAGUCGGGGGUGGCGGAAAGUCUGUUGGGCUAGGUGGUUACAUCACAGGCGGCGGUCACUCUAUCCUGAGUGCCAAGCACGGUCUUGCGGCGGAUCAGGUUCUCCAGGCAGAAAUUGUGACACCCAAGGGUGAUAUCGUAACGGCCAACGAGUGCCAAAACCAGGAUCUCUUUUGGGCCAUUCGCGGUGGCGGCGGCGGCACAUUUGGUGUCCUCACGUCCAUAACGCUCACGACAUACCCGAGUCCGAAGAUUGUUAGCUUCACGGUUAUGCUCGGAACUGCAGCUGACGCCCCCUUCCUCUGGGACAUCAUCACGCUUGCCUUCUCUCGUCUUCCCACCUGGGGCGACGCAGGAUUGUCUGGCUACUUCUUCUCAUCAGCUCGCACGCCGAGCCCACUUCCCAUCACUGGCGGGCCUAAGGAGGUCGGCGGUCUUAUGGGCAUCACAAUACUCCAGGAUCAGGAGCCCGACGCGAUGCUCGAGCUUUUCGGCGCCCUCAACGAAACAUUGCAGGAACGCUGGCCGGGCAUGGUCUUCUUCUACGCCCAGGAGCAGCAUUUCGACUCGUUCAUCGACUGGUACGACGUGUACUAUGACCAGGGCACCGCUGGCAACUCCACGUACCUCGGCUCGCGGUUGCUACCCAAGGAUGUGCUUGAAGGUGAUCAAGAUGCGUUAAAGAGUGCGCUUGAGACGGCAGGCGGGCCUACGGGUGGAUUGUCGGCUUUCCUCGUGGCCGGAAAAGGCGUGGCCAACGCGAAGCCACGGGGAGGCGGAAAUGCCGUCCACCCAGCCUGGCGCAAGGCACUGAUAAAACUUGCAGUUGGCAGCAUGGGGUUUCCGCCGUUUAACAAGACAGCCGAGAGUGAGGCCAUCGAGACUCUCACGACUCAUUUUGAGCCGCUUCGACAGCUCACGCCUGAUGGAGGCUCCUACGUGAACGAGGCCCUGAAGUACGAGCCAAACUUCCAGCAGGCAUUCUGGGGCAAACAUUACGAGCGGCUCGCGCAGAUCAAGAGAAAGUUCGACUCUGAUGAUCUGUUUUGGUGCCAGCCAUGUAUUGGUAAUGAACGGUGGGAAGAGCGCGACGAUGGACGACUGUGUAGGAAGUAG